GCGCGCGACAGUGCAGUUUAAUAGAUUGAGGGACGGUGGUUUAACGGAUGAAAAAUUGCGUGAAAUAAUUGUCGGCGAUAUGGACGAUAUUAAGUCCAAACUCGAAUGUCUGUCACUGAAAGAUCUCGAUAGCAGUUAUAGUUUUUUAAAAAAAGGUGUGGAAUUGUUGAAUCUCGCUCUUAAUAAGACGAAUAAAGAUUGCAAAGCGAGCGACGACCCUGCCGAUGGGACCUUGAACGCAGCUUUGUUACUUCCACAAGCGAUUCAAAGAUUAAAAAUCUCGUCCGAAGAGCGGUUCAUGGCUGCUAAAGAUUGUUUCAAAGCAUCUCGUGAGACAGCCACGCAUGCUUUUAACAAUAAAUCUCUGAGCAUCAAAGAUCGAAUUAUGGCUGCUAAGUUACGCGUAGCUGCUAGAAUUCUUGAGUCAGGUUUUGAGGACCCAGAAUCUGCGACUACUGCCUGCAAAACAGCAUUUAAAGAGCUGCAUGGUUUACCAUCGGUGCAAGAGAUGUUCUCAGCAGGGUGUUAGCCAGGCGGCCGUAUGGACGGCCACUUCUGAAGUCGGACGGCUAAAUUUUAAUGGACGGCCAUGGACGGCCUAAGGGAAUAUUUUCUUUAAAUAGCAAUUUACAAGCUUUGUAAUAUUUCUUGAAUACUUCGAAUUGUUGUCAUCUUCUGUUUACUUUAUUUAUGGCAUAUGUUUUUUAUAUUUUUUCCCGUCGAAAACACGUUGAAUAUGGCUGAAUUGAAGUAUCGACAAACGCUAUCGCUCGAGCGCAACAUGCUUUAGAGUUAUACUUACGGUAAACAUGGCUACAAAAUGAGCCAAACGCAUAAAGAAGGGGAAAAAUAUCGGUGAUUGAUAAAAAUAACUAAACACUACACUGCUGUAUUGCGUUCUUCAUUAUAGCAUAUACUGUACAUCGUAGUGAUCAUACGGUUCAUACCAUACGUGUGCUUUUAGUAAUUUAAUAACGGAAAUGUGCAUCUAAAACUAAAAGUAAAAAGGUUCAAUGAAUAGAACACCACAAUUCCACAACAACAAAAAAUUGCGGCCACGCCCAAAAACAUGUGGCCACGGCCACAAUAUUAUUUUGGACGGCCACUUUCGAAAUCCUGGCUAAAACCCUGGUUCUCAGUUUUUCUCGACGGAGGAAUGAAAUCAAAGAUUAACAAAGAAGAACGUUUGGAGAACAUAAUGUCUGUUUUGUUCGUCAAUCAUAUUUUAUUCGACUUCGCAUCCAAGUAUAGCAGUGAAUAUCCUAAUAUUUUUACCUGGCCAGGAAUAAAGCUGACGGAUCCGUCGGAUCGUAAGUUUCAUCCAAUCCUGCACGCACAUGAGAUUUUGACCAAGACAUCCAGUAGUGAAGAAUUUGUCCAACAACUCAACCGAAUUGUUGCAUACAAGGAGGGAUUGUUUAACUGUUCUUAUCGCUUUGCUUUAAAUAGUCGCAAUGGAAUUAUUCUGUUUGCUGGUGACAUGGACAUGAUCAUCCACAGCAGAGAAGAACCCCUGGAUGUUAUGUUUUCUGAACCUCUAGAAACUAAAUUCGCUGAGCAUGAACAGAAAGCUCUUGCGGUCGACAUGAAUGAUAAUGUAUACGUUGUGAGAUGGGUUAUGAAAUGUAGUACUAAUGGAUAUUUCAUGUUGUACGUUUUUUAUGAAACUUACUUAACCAAGCAUGUGUCUAUUUUGGAUUUUCUUGGGCUUGCUGACGCUGGAGAUUCUAUCUUUUUAAACAUUGCUGUGGACAAAAAUAAAAAUAUCUUCAUGAUAAAAACGUACGAUAACCAGGUGUAUGUCUCUGACAGCGGAGGACAGUUGAAAUAUAAAUUUGAACGGGAUGGUAACGAGCUACGCAGCUUGAGUAUUUCAAAUACAAAUGAUGUCAUCAUACCAUAA